ACUCGAAGAGGAAGAUUGGACAGUUGCAAUGUAUUUGCUGGUUAAACGGAGUAGUGGGUCAGAUAAGUACAAAAUUAGCAUCAUUCCAGCAGUAUGGGUUAGGAAUUUUGAUGAAGACACAUUUGAAGAAAAUGGAGACAUAGGUUCGAGAAGUUAUAUAGCAGAAUGGAGGUCAGGGAAGAAAACACCGCGUGGAGGCUGGCCUGUGUGACUGCGAGGUGCUCAAAAUGUCAGCAAAAUAAUCUGACCUGAAAAUAAAUGAGGUGGACCAAACUUAGAACAAAACGGCAGCUUCUAAAAGAUUAAUAAUGCGGAAUAAAAGAUACAUGGAUGAUUCGUCAAGUGACUCCGAACCAAUCCAGCAAAAUAAAAAGAUGUCUGCUAAGCAAGACAGAUGUGACAACAUUCUGAAUAAGCUGAAGGCAGCACAUGAGGAAGUAGAUAGUGAAGCAGACCAACUUAUGGCAUUGAAAAAUAAAGUUGAAAAACUGGAGGAAGAAAACAAUUCACUCAAGCACAAGGUAGUACAAGCAAUACUCCAAAAACUUGAAGUACUUGAACAGAAAACAUGUGAGCGAAUCAUCUAUUCCUCUGAUUCUGAUUUACAGACACGUUAUGGAACACCUACCCGUUCCACUGGGAAUUCAAUAGAAGCCUUAGCUUCUUUGAAGUCUGUAUUAUCAGCACCUGUUUCUCCUCCCAUGAAAGCAGCUGGAAAGGUUGAAAUCCAUCCAGGAAGCAAUGUUUUUGUUGAGGAAUUGGCUUGGGCUCUAACAAAUAAAGCAACUUCCUGUACUUCAUUUGUACGCUCUCUAACACUUGCUGUGUUUGACGUUGAAACGCUUGUCAGAAGCAAUCUUCGUACAGUUGUAUGGUACUGUGGGAUUGGAGAGGAUGUAGUUGUUUUAGUAUAUUGCUUCAUUUAGGCAUGUUUUUAUAGUUUUAAAAGUUUAAGUCAGUGUUUAGGUGUUUGGCUAACCAUCUAUUAAUGCUGUUAAUCUUUUUUCUGUGUGUGUGUAUUUCAGCUGCAACACUAGCAAAGUUUCCAACUGCAACAAAGUCACAGAUUGGUUCAACAAUCAACGGAAAGAUCGCUGAACUAAGACACAAUCUCAGAAAACAAAAUACGGAUAAGUCUCCUGACUCGGUACUAAUUUCAAAAGGCAAAUGUGUAAAUCUGACCCACAGAGCCUUUGUCUUCUUUUUUGAGCCAAUUGAGUCCUUAAUCACAUAGGCCUAUUGAAUUCUUAAAUUUAACUACUGGUACUUGUUUGGUAAGACACUUCUUGUCUUAAAUAUGGAAAUUGUUAGUAAUUAGCAUACACCAUGUACCUAGAUGAUUUUGAACUGCAGAAUUGUUGUAAUAACCGCAUGUCUAGAGUGUAAGAUUUGGCUCAUCGUCUGUAUCAUUAAAGUGUUUUAUGCAGCUUAAUUCCUAUCGUUGUUAGAAAGGUUUCAAAACUUUCUAAAUGUUUCUAUGUUCUGAUUUAGGAUCUGUUCAUGUAUCCUUUCUCUCAUGCACAUUAUUGUAAGUGGAAUAGACACAGACCUGAGAGAAUAAAUAGAAUAUCCAUGUUAUUGCCUGUUGUCAUAUUUGUACAAAUGCACAUACUUUGUAGGAUCAUUUAUUGACACAAGUCUUUUUUGCUUAAAUAUGUAAAAAAAAUUAUAUUCCAUGUAUCUUGUCAUGGAAAAAUGCUUAUUUUAUGUAUUUAAAAUUGUAUGCAAUGUAUUUCAAAUACACACAAUUUGCAUUUUACUUGUAUUAGUUCACAAUGUAAUGGAUACAUGUAAUAUACCCUUUAAAAGUAUUAAUGAUA